UAUAGUGAGGAUGUGGUCCAGUCCUUUGAACAACAACAGAGAGACAGAGUCCUGUGUCUCCAGAACAGAGCUGUUCUCCACAUCAGUCUCUGCUUCAGACACAGAAGCUUCACAGUAACAAAUAAACCAAUGGACUUAUUCAACUCAGGUCUUGGUAAAAACAUCACCUUUGCUCGACCUGCAUAUUUUAUCAUCAGUGGAUUUAUUGGAAUACCUAAUGUCAUAUAUUACUAUGUCUUUCUGUGUAUUGUGUAUAUUGUGUCAGUGUUGGGAAAUACAGUUGUGAUGACUGUGAUCUACUUGGAUCGUAGUCUAAGAACUCCUAAAUAUAUUGCAGUUUUUAACCUGGCCUUUGUAGACCUGUUUGGCAGCACUGUUCUGGUACCAAAGGUUCUGGACCUGUUUCUGUUUAACCAUCGUCUCAUCUCCUACAACGACUGUCUGACGUUUCUCUUCUUCUGUUACUUAUAUCUGUCGUUGGAGGUCUUUAAUCUGAUGACUCUGUCCUACGACAGAUUGAUUGCUAUCACUUUUCCACUGCACUAUCCAGUGAUGGUGACUAACAGGUUCAUGUUUUCACUGAUCACUUCUUUUUGGCUCUUUGUCAUCACUGUUAAUCUAACAGCAGUCGGCCUCUUAACCAGACUGUCCUUCUGUAACUCUAACACUGUACUUGUCAACAGUUACUUCUGUGACCAUGGAGUGAUUUAUCGUGAGGCCUGUAACGACCAAACA